AUGUCUGGACGUAACACUCGUGCGAGAAGCCGUGCUACUGGCACAAGUAGCACUCCUAACACCGCGCGCCAAAAGUUCUAUUCUGAACCGCCACCAGCAGAUCUUCCUGGUCUAUAUCCAGUUCAUGACGGAUCAUAUGGCGUCAAUACGCAUAUAAACCUCGACUCUGCGAAGAGGGGUCGAGGUAGAAAGGCCAAACCUGGAUUCGUUAAUGAGGAUGACGAAGAUAAACGCUUUACCAGACGAAUGAAUAGUAAAGAUGGUAAGCGUUAUACUAUGGAGAAUGAUCUCAAAAGAAUCGUUGGAGAAACCGUCGAGGAAGCCGAAAAAGACAAUGGAGUCGACGAGGGAACGAACGUUGAAGGGUAUGCGCUGGGGUCAAACAUGGCUCUGGUGGAUGAUUCCUAUCAACCGAAUACCCAACCAAGCGUCCAGCACUCCGCUCAACACGGAUCCCAGACCCAGCGUGUCGACGAUUACAAGGGUCCUGGUGUAACUAAGCUGGGCCGCAUGUUCACGGCCAAGGGGAAUGACAAUCAGAAACCACCGUAUGCUCCUAUUCAGUAUAGAUCCCCUGAUCCUGAAAUUCUUAUCCACAAUGCACAUCCAUCGGCACCGUCGCCCUCUGAAGGCUCUUUCUACGGAGUGCCAACAGGACGAGGUGCCCCCUUUCCCUCCUCUACACCAUUUGUUGCUCCUGCACGCGCUCCUAUACGUCUUGACUCGUCAAGGAGUUUCACUACCGAGAAUGCAUUGUAUAGUGACGCAUCGCUCACGACACCCUCAAGCAGAGACGACCAGGCACCCGCGCUUGGACUUUCGGUAAACGAAACUGAGCCUAUUUAUUACGGGGGCGGCAGCUACAUGGCCCAAGAUAUCGGGUAUACAGAUCCGAGUGGGAACAAUCCCGCAACCAUCUAUCCUCCCGCUAACAACAACGGCCCUACACCUUCAGGGCCUCAAGAAACCACUAAUGAGCCACACUUGACCUCGGCUCAGUGGCAGAGGGUGACAAACCUCAUCCGAGACAUGCGAACGUCCCCACGGCAGCUACAUUUCGACGUAGCUUCUACCCCUGAUUACAUGUUAGACCAUCUGACGCCACGAGAAAUACGGGCGGUAAGAGCCUUAAUACAGGAUAUGGGUAACGAUGAAACGACGACGGCAAAAAUCAUGGCCGAGUUUGACAGAGUUACCGAGCGCGCCGAGCAUGGUCAGCAAGCAAAAGCGUUGAGGAAGGAACCUGCCGUUGAUACUAUUCCCGACGAAGAUGCCUUCAAUGCGGCUAAUAACGAUAAUAUUAUAAACACUGACGGGAAUGUUAAUAAUGGUCAAAUGUCCGACAGCUUUCCUACGGUUCCGGUGGCGGAAGAUAUGAACCCUCUCGGUAACGUGCCCGAUAAUUUUGCCGGAUAUCAAGAUGUAGCCGACGACGAACGUGUCAAUCGCAGGCGUAAUCAACCCUUUAACAAUGAUGAUUCGUCCAGCGACUCGGGCCGGGAAUUUUUUCCCCCUUCCAAAAAAAAUCCAGAUCGACCUAAAAAGCGUCGCACAGAUCGAGGUCGGAAUCGUCGCUCAUUGCUUGACUGGGCGGCACUUGGAGGCCCAAAUGCCUGGGCGAGCACAGCCUUCGUAUUUCUAACUAUUUUAUUCUGGGCCUGGCUUCUACUAACCCUUAUUGGCGGAGCCUCUACAUCACCACGAGACGAUGUCUUUUCUGACGCCGGCGCACAAUGGCCUAGCUGGGAUAGUAUGAAGAGCAAUAUUGGUAAGAUUAUACCUUCAACUAUCAGUGGGGAUGUAAUCACCAUUGAUCUCGAUUCGGGAGAUACGCAAACAAAGCUCGUCAAUAAUAUCACACCAAAAAUUCCCGAUCAAGUUUUCGUCGAAAAGGACGUAAACGGCAAGUUUAAGAUAUCACAAGAUUUCUGGCACGCUCUACGAGACUUAAUUAGGGAAGACGAUAUUAUUCUGACUUUGGAAAAUGUCAAAAAGGCGGCCCCGGAAAUCUCGAACGCGCACUGGCUCGCGAUAAAAUCACGUUUAAGCAAGGACGGGUUCGGGUUACAAACCGGGUCAAACACUUCUUCGGGAGAGCAUGCAGCACCAGUUGAUAAAGCAUCAUUCCUGCGGUCCUGGGACCACUGGGUGAGUCAGAAUCAGGAAGAAUUAAAGAGAAUGGUGGGUGGAGUUGCUGUUUCUAGGGAGGAAUUCAUAAAGCUAUUCCGAGGUGAAAUCAAGUCUUACCAGCAAGAAAUCCGCAAGGAGCUCGUAGCUCAGGAUUCUCGGAUCAAAGAGCUCGUGGAUACCGUGACCAAGCUCCGUAAUUCUGCCAAGAAUACACAUGGAGGUUUGACCGAAAAGGAAGUCAAAAUCAUCUGCGAUGGGGCAAUACGGAAAGCUAUCGAGAAUGCCAAACUCGACGCCUUGGCCAGCGGCCGUAUACGUGGCCACGCGAAUGAUAUGCUCAUAAAUCAGGUCAACUUCUUCGGCAUGGGCGCCGGCGCAGUCAUCGAUCCUUAUUCCAGCUCAUCAAUCUGGGAACCCCCCAGCGACCACUUAAAGCUAAAAUCUAAGAAGUGGUACCUUCGUGACGGCUACAGGCCCCAGCCCCAAUCGUCUGCCGUAACCUUCUGGAGCGAAGAAGGCGAAUGCUUCUGCGCCGGGAAGAUCGUCAGAGGGGUGCCGCAAAUCGCCAACGCGAUUGGGGUAUUGACAAGCCGCAUCGUCAUUCCACAGCACCUAGUUGUAGAGCAUAUCUUGCCCAGCUCGACACUGGACCCGGGCGCGAUGCCCAAGGAUAUCGAGGUGUGGGCGUAUAUCGAAGAGGUGACGCUGCGUGACGAGGUACGCGCUUUCUCAUCGAGUCACAUGCCCAUUCCACUCGCAGCCGAGGCUACCACGGGACCGGAGGGCUUCGUCAAGAUUGGCCACUUCACGUAUGAAAACAGGGACUACGGCGAUGGCACUCAGAUCUUUAAGAUGAGUAGCGAGCUUAUGCGCAUGCGUGCUGCUACCAGCCACAUCAUUGUCAAGGCGGUAACAAACUACGGCGCGGACCAUACGUGCUUCUACCGUCUCAGAUUAUACGGCGAGGUCGUGGAAGGGAAAUCGCAUGAAGUAACCCGUUGA